AUGAACGGCUACUAUUCAGCACCUAUGGCUAUGGAUGCCAGCCCUGAGCAGAAGUUCUUCAAGGCAGAGGACAACGGCAGCUUAGACGACAGCCUUCUUGACCAGAGCGGCAUUGAUUCAGGACUGGAUCUUUCUCCUCCCAUGGACAGCAGGCGAGAGUCUUUCGGCAUCGGAGGGCCUCUCUUCUCUCCCAAGACCGAAGAUUGGCAAUCUGUCGACAUGCAGUCGCUGCCCUCCAACAACCCCUUCUACGAACCUCACAGCACCAGCACCAACCCCUACAUGCGCUUCGACCAGCCCUCAGCCAACCCUUUCAUCUCAUCAGGCAAUCCCUGGGCCAUGAACGGAGGCUCCGGCACGGCCACGCCUUUCCAGCCGCGCUUCGGUGGCAUGGCGACUGAUUUUGAGGGCAACACCUCCAUCUUUCAGCAGCCCAUCCACGCUCCCACUCCUUUCCCCACCUCUGGCAACAUGUUCGCCAACUUGGCUGAUGGCCAGUCUAUGCAAGACGGCCAAAAUGCGGCCAAGAAGAUGCAAGACGGCAGCGCUGCCAUUCGAUCUCACAACGAUCUGCGACGCGGCGAUGGCAUCCGGAAGAAGAAUGCUCGUUUCGAGAUCCCCGCGGAGCGAAACUUGAGCAACAUCGACCAGUUGAUUGCCCAGUCUACGGAUGAGUUGGAGAUCAAGGAGCUCAAGCAACAGAAGCGACUGCUGCGAAAUCGCCAAGCUGCCCUCGACUCUCGACAGCGCAAGAAGCAGCACACUGAGCGCCUGGAAGAUGAGAAGAAGCAUUUCACCGUUGUCAUCACUGACAUGGAGGAUGAACUUUCCACCCUCAAGGCCAAGGUUGAGCAGCUCACUCUCGAGAAGCAGCAGUGCGUUGAUUACAUCGAGACCCUCGCUUUUGAGAAGGACGAGAUGAUCCGCACUCACACUAUCGAGACUGGCGAGCUGAGGAAAAAGGUUGGUAUUCUGACCGACCACGUCCAGCGCCUGGAGAGCAGCAUCCCCCCCAACGCUGCCGCCAACGACUUCUCCGGCUCUUACGACGACAUGGAAAUGGCCGGCACCUGGGACAAUGGCUUCCUCAACGACUUUGCCGAUGAGGUUAAGCCGCCCAUGGCCAUGGCCAAGAAGGACAACAACCCCUUCACCUCGGACAGCGAGAAGACUUCGUCUCAAGGCGGCCUGCUCUUCAUGCUCUUCCUUGUUGGCGCUUUUGUCUUGUCGAGCCGCUCGAUGCCCUCCAUCCCCCGCGUGUCUGAGGAUGUCCGAGUUGCGUCAGCGAAUCUCCUCGACAACGUCUUCAAGGAUGCCGGCGUCAGUGCCUCUUCCAGCAUGCACGCUAUUGCUCCUCAGCCUUCCGCUGCCACUUGGGGCCAACCCGUUAGCGCCAGUGUCAUGGCCGGCAUGGCUGCCGAUGGUGUUGUCGCACCGUCCAUGCUCGUAGAGCUCGGCGAUAGCCUUAUGCAGCCCUCACAAGAGCAGACCAACGAGCAGAUCUUCUCCCUCUCUGCUGCUCAGUACAACGGUGUUAGUGACCACGACUUCCUCCGCCCUGGCAGGAUGCCCAGCAAGACUCGCAAGAACCUAGCCCAGGCUCUCGCUGAGCUGCGGGAUAAUGCCAAGCAGCUGGGUGCCGCCGAGGUUUACACUCGCACUCUCCUUUGGGACCAGAUCCCCAACGACGUCGUCCGAAACUUUGCCAGAAUGGUUGUAGAGUGCAACAGUGCUCAG